AUGGCGUCUGCGCGUGUGCUCCUCAUUCUGCUCGUUGUCGGCGCGCCGCUGCUUGCGGCGCCGGUGUGGGGCCAGGCAGAAGUCAAAGCGACCCUUGAGACCCCCCCCGCCUUUGGAGAUGCCGCAGGGCGGAACGCAGACUCCGACGACCCCGCAAUCUGGAUCCACCCCACAGACAAGUCCAAGAGCCUGAUCAUCACGUCCAAGAAGGAGGCCGGCGUUGCGGUUUUCGACCUCCAGGGGGUCCUAGUCCAGGACAUUCCCGCGCCCCCGCCCCCCCGCACUGGGGACCGUCCAGGGCGCAUCAACAACGUGGACAUCGUGUAUGGAGUCCAGCUGGGCUCUGAGACGCUGGACAUCAUCGUUGGCUCCGACCGUGGCCUCGACAAGCUCAAGAUCUGGAAGAUCAAUUUGUCAGGCACCCCCCUGACCGAGAUUACUGACGCCUCCGCUGGUUUCAUUUUCAACGCGAACCAGAACGAAGUGAACGUCCAGGCCACGUGCUACGGCGUCGCCGCGUAUAAGAAGGCCGACGGCACCGUCGUCGUUUACUGCACGCGCCGCUCGCGCGUGCGCCUCGGACAGCUGGAGCUGGUUCCGUUCCCGGCGACCGGAACGUUUGGCUACCGGAAGGUCGCCGACCUGGACGUGCCGAGCGUGUUCGCACUCCCCGACGGGACGACCUGGACUCCGUGCGAGGACCCGGGCGAGGAGGCCCAGUUCGAAGGCAUGGUCGUCGAUCCUUACGCCGGCUACUUGUAUGCUGGACAGGAGGACGUGGGUAUUUGGCGGAUCGGUCUCGACUUUGCGGCAGCGCCGACCCCGGUUCUGUUCGCCAAGACGAGGGAAUUCGGCGUGCCGUAUACGUAUGACACUGAGGAGGAGGAGUGCGUAUACGACUUCACCAAAGACCCCGGGUUUGGUGGGCAGAACCUCGAGGCUGACGUGGAGGGGCUUACAAUCUACUUCUCGCAAGCCAACUCGGACGGAGGGUACCUCCUCGCGUCCAGCCAGGGUGACGACACGUUCGCGGUCUACUCACGGCUGAACAAUAACCGCUUCAUCGGCAGCUUCAAGGUCGUCAACAACCCGGACAACGGCGUCGACAGCAUCCAGGACUGUGACGGGGGACAGGUCAUCAACGUACCCCUUCCGGGUUUCCCGCUGGGCUUGCUCGUGGCUCAAGACGGCGACAACAAACCGGACGUCCUCGACGGCGACGGCGAGACGCGCGACAACACCAACUUCAAAUACAUCCAGUGGUCCGGAAUCGCCUCCGCGCUCGGCCUCGUGGUUGACACCACGUCAUACGACCCCCGCCUCGGCUUCGUGUCCGCCGCUAGUCCGGCCCCGGCUUCGACUACUCCGGCCCCGACCACCGCUGCCCCGACCACUCCUGGCCCGACAACCCCCGCCCCGACCACCGGGGCUACUCCCGCCCAGGCCGCCACUUACGGGCCCGAGUUCGUGUGCCCGGUUAACACUAACCCGUGCUUCAACGACGUGG